UUUCGUUAUAUCGACCUCGCUGAACAAAACACCGUCUGUUUUGGGGUUUUUUUUAACUUUACAUUGACAUUGACUGUCACAUGAUUUCAAUGUGCUGGGAUAGACGAAAACAAAGGGUUUAAUAAAAUGAACAAUGAAAGUUGGAGAAAUUGGAGCAGAGAGGAAUUGGACUACCAAUACACCCCCUCCCGUUGGUCAAAGCAGGGUACCCCAGAUGAAGUCAUUAAACACCAUCAGCAGUGGCAAGCAAAAGAGGCUAAAAGAGUUCGAGAGAGCAUUGAAUGUGAACUGAACAUCUCUUAUGGAAUGGCUGAUGAUCAGAAACUGGACAUAUUUGGAGCUAACACACUUCCAAGAGAAUCUCCUAUAUUUGUGUUUAUUCAUGGAGGGUACUGGCAAGUCAUGACCAAGGAGGACUACAGUUACAUUGCUCUCCCGCUGACCAAGGCUGGGGCGGUAACCAUACUAAUGGAGUACACCCGGGCACCCAAAGCAAAUAUGGGGACCAUUGUUUCUGAAGUAAAACAAGGAAUGAGUUACAUCAUGAAUUUUGCCAAACGAAGAGAGUCCUGCGGAGUUUAUCUUUGUGGGCAUUCAGCUGGAGGACAACUGGCGGCCAUCUUGCUCUCUAUGGACUGGAUGGCCGAGUGUAUGAUCCCUUCCUCCCUUAUAAAAGGUGCUUUACUUAUAAGUGGUAUAUAUGACCUACGACCACUAGUUCCUUCCUCUAUCAAUGACCCCUUGAAAAUGACUGAGGCCACAGCCAAAGAAAAUAGCCCUAUUACCGUGAUGAAGGACAUUAUAAAGCAGAGUAAGAGCCGGAGGAUCGAGCUUGUAGUGGCAGACGAAGACCCUGCAGAGCUACGAAGACAGACGGAUGAGACAUGGCAGGUUCUGAAGCAUGCAGGCAUCAGUUCAAACAGUACACUGAUCCCCGGAGUCGAUCACUUCGGGGUGGUGGAGAAUAUUAUCCAGGAAAGCUUCCAAGUAACUCAGAUUGCAAUUGAGAUGAUGGGUCUAAAUAUAGGAAAUAUUGACCAAGAACUGAAGGACACAGCAGUAUAGAGAGCACUUCCUGUCCUGGUUGUUUACUGGGCAUGCUCUAUGAUACCACUUGUCAGGACUUUAUUAAGCAUUAUAAUAAUUAUAAUGUUAUUGUAAUGUACAUUUAUUUGAGACUCCUCCUACAGUUUUACCUAGCAUAAUGGAUGAUUGUGUCUCCAUAUUCCUCCAUGACAUAUCUGGAACAAACAUAUAUCUCUUCUUUCACUCUAGCAUACUAAUGUACUGCCAUUCCUCAAAGCAUUCAUAUUGAUAUAAAUUGUAAAAUGAUAUACCAUGCUUGCAGACAUCUUUAGACAACAGUUUUUGGUGGAUACCUAAGGGUCCAUAGUUCAUUACAUAUAAUAUUGAGACUAAGUCUAGUUUUGCAUUGAUUUACCUUUAAAAUCUUAAAAUACAUGACUCUGAUAAAUGUAAUAUUUUUUCUUUCUAAUUCCUCCAAACAGAUCUUUUAUUUUACUUAAGUAAUAUACUUUUUGAUUACCUGAUCUUUCAAAUGUUUGAUUUCUGACAAAGUUGUGCUGACAAAUAUUUUUAUAUAUGCAUGUUUUUGUAUAUUUUAAUAAAAAGCUGUAACCAUGACAACAACA